UCUCUCAAUGGUGAUACUAAAAAAUGUAUUAUGGAAUGGGUGAAUAUUGUUCGAGCAAAACAUAGUUCAGAUGAUGUUGAUAGCGAUGAUGAUUAUAAUAUAGCUUAUUAUGGAAACCCUCUUCUUAUAAUUGAAUGA